CGUCUUUUUUCUGACGUCAAGCAAAAUUCUCCGAGCGCCCCUAACGGUAAACCAAACUUUGUUUUGUUAAGUUAGUUGUUGGCCUUUGGAUGGUGAACUUCGACGCGAUUAUAAACUAAAACAGCACAUAGUGGUGAUUUUUUUCGUUUGAAAUAUAAGGAUUCUCUGCAUUUACCGACAUGGGUAAAGAUGCACCACCGCCGUACGAACAAGCCGCAUCCCCAAACAUCGGAUUUAAUGUCCCCGCGAACCCUCCGGCACCCGCCCACACAUUCGUUCAAGGAUCAGGACAGCCGAUUUAUGCGCCCUCGGGUGCAUCAAUCGUCGUGACCAACACACCCGUGGUACAAGUAGCUUUUGGGCCCCAACCCCAGCCGGUCACUUGCCCUUACUGCCACCAACAAACAACGAGUAAGAUUAUAACCGAGGCCAGCUCCAGAACCCACAUAAUCGCGGUAGUUUUGUGCCUGAUAGGGUGUAUACCUUGCUGCCUCAUUCCGUAUUGCAUGGAUAGCUGCCAAAACAGGAAUCAUUACUGUUCCAGUUGUUCGGCAUACCUAGGAAUGUACAAUGAUGGCGGAAAUCGCUGGUAACAUGGUUCAAACUGAAAUGCAUUCUCAAACUGGACCAUUUUAUGCCUUUUAUUUUUAUAUCUUUAUUUGCGAUGUUGCUUUAACUUUAACGAGUUUUGUUUAUUAUUUCAUGCCUUCAUCUUAUGAUAUCACAAGAUAAACGAUUUAGUUUUA